ACACCAGCAGGACCUAUCCCGAGCUUUAAAACCUGCAAACUCUCCUCUGCCUUCAAACUGCCCGGGGGAUGAUGUGCUGAAGUGGCAGAGUGGAGAGCAGCAUGAGGCUCCAGCUAGAGAAGCAGCUCCUCUUCCUCUCCCUCCUCUGCAUCCUCGCCAAGGUGUGUGCCCAGCUGUGCCGGAGACCAUGCUACUGCCCCUGGGUGCCACCCCGCUGCCCCCGUGGGUCCCCCCUGGUCCUGGAUGGCUGUGGCUGCUGUAAGAUCUGCGCCCGGCGCCUGGGAGAGCCCUGCGAUUUCCUCCACAUCUGCGACCAGAGCCAGGGCCUCGUCUGUGACUACAGUGCGGUGCCCGCGGGGACAGGAGCCACCUGCAACUUUGAAGAUGGUGAGGAGGGCUGCGAGGUGAAUGGCCGGGUCUAUCGAGAUGGGGAGGUUUUCCAGCCCAGCUGCAAACUCCAGUGCCGCUGCCUGGAUGGGGGCUUCACCUGCAUCCCACUCUGCCAGGAGGAUGUGCGGCUGCCCACCCCGGACUGCCCCUACCCACGGCGCGUAGAGGUCCCAGGGAAGUGCUGCCCUGAGUGGAUUUGUGAAGCCCGGGACCAGUACCUCCUCCGAGAUGCUGGGGCAGCCCCUGGGGCAGCAUCCCCACCGCUGCUGUACCCCUGCCAGGAGUGGGGUACAGAGUGGAGUGCCUGCUCGGCCACCUGCGGCGUGGGCUUUUCGACCCGCGUCUCCAACCAGAACCGUUACUGCAGGCUGGAGACUCAGAGGCGGCUCUGCAUGGCCAGACCCUGCCCGGCUCUGCCGGCAGCAUCCCUGGUGCUCUGCUCUGCAGGGGCUGUGAGAGAGACUGUCUCCAGGCACCUGGAAGCCCAAAUCCCCAGGGGGAACCCUGACACCCUGCCCUUCCAGGGAAGGAGCAGGUACAUCGGGCUGCACACCACAAGUCACCAUCACACCAGGCUGAGCAGCUUGACAGUGCACAAGCUCUGCCAUCCCACGAUAUCCACUCCAGAGACCAGCAGCUGCUUCCUGGGCAUGGGCAGAGGCAUCCUCCUGAUGGCAGCUCUAAUUCACCUUCCCCGCAUCCCUCCAGAAUAAACACAAACCUUCCUGCUCCGCCUGGCCUCCUCCUCUCCAAAGCACUGGCGGUUUGGCAGGGCUUCGGCGAGCGAGGAGCUCAGACGCAGGAGACACCGCUCCACAGCACCAGACAUACCGCCUGCCAUCCAAGCACAUACCCCACAAGCCAAGGCCAAAAGAAAAGCAGGAAAAAGAGAAAACAAAUCGCAAAGAUGAGUCGGGGCCUCUCCCGACGGGCUGGAGCUGCUCCAGCUAUGCAAGAGUCGGCGCAGGAAUGUUGCGAGCAGCUCUGCCUUGACUUUCUCACAUGAUCACGUCAUUUCUCACAAUCCUUCUGGGUGAUUGAAAAAUGAAACCCAAAUGCCCUCUAACGGCCUCGCACAAGUGUGCAGAGGGAACGCGCAUCCCAUGGCAGGGCGAGAAGGGCAACUGGAAAGCAGCAGUGGUUUAGGUGACGUGUCCAGGCAAGAUACAGACAGUUUAGAUGUGUAUUCGUGGAACUGAAAAUAAAGAUGUGCUCAUCUAGG